AUCAACCUGGCUCUCUAUAAGUCAAUGAAUGUAAGCCAACAACCUGUUGUUCUCGGGAUUGCAGGAACAAAUUAUUGUCUGUCUGUCACUGGAGCCUUCAGUAACCCUGUUUUACAGCUUGAGGAGCAACGACUGGAGAACCUGAAAAGCAUAACUAGUAAAGAAAUGUAUCGUUUUAUUUUCUAUAAGUCUGGACAAGACUUUUCCACCAGGUUUGAGUCUGCUACCUUCCCAAAAUGUUUCAUCUGCACCUCGAGGAUAGAAGAGGAGGAAGUACAGGUCACAUCCCGAACACAAGACAUGUUUUCCACAUUCAUGAUGCUAUAGAAGUGCCUUUCUUUAGUCUGAAAAGAAACUGAGCACACCAAAUCAAAAUAGCCUUGGUUUGUGAAGAGUUUAUGUACAAAGUACAUGAAGUAGCCAGAAUCUCCAUGAGAUGAAAAUGUGAUCUUGUUUUGCCUUACUGCAGUUAUUUAAUGACCAAGAAAUAUUUAACUGACAUUUUAUUUUUUUUACUAUUUUAAACCUGAAUCUUCCUAUUGUAAUGUAUAAACAUUACUAUCCGAUUAAGAUGUAGAAAGAGAGAGAAAGAGAGACUAACCCUAAAAAUAGGAUUCUCAGGCUGUGCCUGCAAAUGGUCCAUUGAUAUCAGUGCACUACCCCAGUAAACAAAUAUAAAUAAAUAAAUGAAAUAAAUAAAUGCCUUCUUGGCUUUCCUCCAACUGUUAUACCUGCUAUUGGUUAACUUAUUCUCAUUCCAAUUGUUGCUAUUUUUGACAACAGUAAAAUCAAGCAGCAUUGAUGCACUCAUCUCCCUGCUGCCUGGGCAUGUUGAAGUGAUAAUCCAGACAUUCAUAUCCAAAACUCCAGGUGACCCUUCUUGACUGCAACUAUGAAGAUAUUGUAAACAUCACAGUACUCUAAGAGGCAUGCUUGUAGAUAUUGUAAACAUUAUAGUAUUCUAAGUGAUUUGUCUGUAGAUAUUGUAAACAUCACAGUACUCUAAGAUACCUGUUCAUAGAUAUUGUAAACAUCACAGUACUCUAAGAGACGUGUUUGUAGAUAUUGUAAACAUUACAGUAUUCUAAUAUAUGUGUUUGUAGAUAUCAUAAACAUCACAGUACUGUAAGGUAC